AUGCCCAUGGAUUAUCAUGACGGUGAACAAACAAAUAUGCCACCACCGAAGCAGCGGAACUAUAUCAAGGCAACGGCACAUACCUUCAUCGAGAAUCGCACAUCUUUCCAGGAGCAAGCAGAUUCCUCUGGUUCAGAAAGUACAGCAACAAAUGUAUCAGAUGGAUUCAAUUGGUCAGAGGAAGAGCAAUCGCAGAACGAUGGAAAUACCGAACCUAUUCGGUCGAAAAGAGGCAGACGCAUGUGGCUGGCAUUCAUGAAGCUUGCUAGGCCUAUGAGGGUUUUUAUCAUUGGAAUCAUUGGUGUCGCAGUUCUGAUCACUCCGCUCGUCGUCGUAAAUGUGCGCUUCCAGGAUAGUCUUAUAAAAACCCAAGUCCAUGUUUGGUCGUUAUGGUUUUCUGUUACAUGGGCUGCUAGCUGUGGCACGUAUCUCUUGGUGGAUAUGGUCCCUGGUAUUGUCAUUGCCCUUGCUGGCCUAUUCGGAGGACAAACAGAACGCCUGAAAAUCCAAGUAGAGCUUGUUCUGGCCGUAAAGGCUUGGUUGAAACUGGCGUUAGACAUUGCAUGGGCUUGGAUAGCAUUGUCUGUCAUUCGCACUUUAUACAAUCCAUUUGGAGCCUAUUGGACAAUCGUCAACCGUUUGAUGCAGGCUUUUUUUUCUGCAGGGAUCAUUAUCUUUGUUGAAAAACUUUUCCUACAAUUUGUAGCCAUCAACUUCCACCAAAAGGCUCUUGCUGAUCGUUUGGCAGAAAAUCAACUUGGUCUGAAAGCGUUAGAUUAUCUAUCUAAUGUUCACCCGUACUCUGCGAAAAAAGCUGCGUAUAACAAACGCUCCCACAAAGCAACAGGCUCCACAGCAACAUUUGAUGGCACGACAUAUCGCGCAGCGAAUACAACGUCCUCCAGCAAUGAAACUUCCCCCAUUGUUAGCAAAGAAAACAGCUCUUUCGUGGACUCGAAGAUUUCUACCAAGGCAAAAACACCUAAAAGAAAGAAAAAGAUGACUAGUGUUAUUGUUGACCAAGUCGGCGAAGCAAUUGGACAAGUGGCUCUCAAAAAUUCCAAGUUCAACCGCAAGGGCGGUUACGGUGGACUUCAUUCUGCUAGGAGACUGGCGCGAAAAUUGUUUGCGGCCCUGAGUGAUGUCAAUCCGCCACGGUCUCAUCUUGUCGUUGAAGACUUUUAUCCCUACUUCCAUUCCACUGCAGAGGCUCAUGAAGCUUUCGCUCUGUUUGAUAAAGAUGGAAAUGGGGACAUAUCUAAGCGUGAGAUGCGUGAGGCCGUUCAGCGUAUUUAUCGAGAACGCAAAGCUUUGAUAUCUGGACUGAAGGAUGUUGGUUCGAUAGUUGCCAAGCUCGAUGCUGUACUUCUAUGUGUUGCACUCAUCCUUAUAGUCUUCAUCUUUCUCCUUAUUUUCAAUCGUUCCAACACCCUCGCCUCUCUUGUGCCGUUGGCCACAGUUGUUCUAGGAUUUUCCUUUGUCUUUGGGCAUUCUGCUCAGACACUAUUUGAAUCUUUGAUUUUCAUUUUUUCUACUCACGUCUUCGAUGUUGGAGAUCUCGUGAUGAUAGAUGAUCAAGUUUUAUUCGUGAAGGAGUUUGGACUGUUUUCAACGACUUUCCGCCGUGUGGAUGGUCAAGAAGUUAUUGCUCCGAAUUCACUGUUAUCGAGCACAAAACUUGUACACAACUUGCGACGUAGCAAAUCCAUGUGGGAAACAACACAGUUGAUGGUUUCAUACGACACCCCAAUGGAAGCUAUCGAACAACUGCGAUUAAAGAUAAUUGCCUAUAUGAAUGCAAACAGUCGAGAGUGGUCAGAUUGUGCAUUGAACAUUGACAAAAUGCAAUAUCAAAACGCCAUUUACCUCAAUGUGAGCAUGGAACACCGACCGAACUGGCAGGACUGGGGAGGCCGAUGGACUCGAAGAACAGCAUUCAUGCGAAAUUUGAAAACUAUACUGGAGGAACUUGAAAUUCGGUACACCAUGCCAAUCCAACCAGUUCUGAUGCCACGAGGUGAUCCAACUGCAUCACGACAAGGUCCACCAAUACAAGAUCCUCCUCCGAGCAAGUAUCAGAGUGAUGCGUCUGUGCUUGGAAAUGCCGGGCUUUUCCAAUCUGGAGAUUAUGGGCGCCCUUCGGGACCUUUGUUUAGAUGA